AUGAUGGAAAUGGUGUCGAACGCACGAAUACAUGACGAGAUUGGCGCGGCGACGAGACGCAAUGAGGGAGUACGGUGCUCGAAGCGAAUUCUUGACGGAAUUUGCCUUCAAAUGGCCGCCACCCCAUUCGCCGCUCAUAAUAACAACAAUAAAUCGUGUAAUUACGAUGAUCAUUUUGAUUGUGAGCCGUACCCGUGCUCGUCGAAAUCGUUUAACGACGAUUAUCUCGAACCUGACGUGAUUGAAAGUGUGCGCAACGACGAGAAUGAGGCGUCGAGACAUCAUCCGGUGUUGUCAUUGAUUGGUCCGCUGUUUGCGCCGGAGGACUUUGAGAUACUUGAGCCGCUCGGCGAGGGAUUCUUCAGCAAAGUCUACAAGGUGAGACACGCGUCGAGCGGCGAGAUUCUUGUGCUGAAAGAGAACAAGCCGACGGAAUCAUCGAGAAGAAGCGCGCACGCGGACGCGGCUCGCGAGGCGGCAAUGAUGCGGCAACUCAAACACGGCAAUGUUCUCGAAUUGCGCGGAAUUUGCAUUUCGCGCGGCGAUUGCGGUACGAAUGAUGGCAAAUGGGAUGCGAAUUUGCUGGUGACAUAUUGCGAGGGUGGAAGUCUCGCGAGUUUGGUGCUUGAUCGAACGUUGCAUCUUUCGUGGCAGCGACGUGUGCGUUAUGCUUUGGACAUUGCUCGUGCCAUGGAAUACAUUCAUAGUCAAGGAAUUAUUCAUCGCGAUUUGACAUCAUCGAACGUUCUCAUUCGUCAUGACAAUCAUGAACAUGACAAUUGGGGAAAAGCGGUCGUCGCCGAUUUUGGACUCUCGUGUCCGUUUCCGGAGCCCGGCGAGAAGCUCGCCCAAGUUGGGACCACCUAUUUCAUGAGUCCCGAAUGCUUGAAAGAGGAGUAUUAUGAUGAGAAGUCGGAUGUAUUCUCGUUUGGCAUCAUUUUGUGUCAAAUGAUCGCCCGAAUCGACGUGGAUCCGGAUGGCGGAAUACCGAGGACGAGCAAGUUCGGAUUCGAUUACAUGCUGUUCACGCCGCUGUGUCCGUUGGACACGCCCAUCGAGCUUCUCAAAUUGGCAUUCAAUUCGUGUGUGAUGGAUCCGGCGGCUCGUCCGUCGUUUGAGGAAUCGCGAAGAAAAUUGGAGGAUAUUGUGGUUAGCCUGCCGAAUCCGCAACACUCGAAAUCGAUGGAAAUGACGAGAGAUGGGAAAGAGUCGCGACUCGGUCGGAGUCGAUCGGACGCGGCGCUCAAACGGCCGAAGAGUCUCGCGGCGACGUCGCGCAAAUUGUCGACGAACUUCAACGUCGGCACACGGCCGGUGAUUGAGGGCGAGGUUAGCGACGAGACGCACGCGCACAAAAUGGAGGCGCUUGCGCGCGAUGUGGCGCGCGACGAGCCCGAAUUUCGGCACAUCAAUCCGUUUCUCGGACACGAGCGAUUUCGGAACGAGCGCAAAAUUCUGCCGAAGAAGGCGACGUCGACGCCGCGACGACGAAGCGCAACGAAGACGGAUGGAGCGCCGAAGAUGUACGCGACGCAGGCGUCGCUGAAUAGUACCCCUCGUCGACGAUGUCUUUCGAUGCCGUCGUUCAUCAAUGAUCUUUCAUCGUCGACUCAUUACACGUCGUUCUCAUAUGACGGAACGUUUGGCGGCGACGAAUCGCUUGACGACUCGGAAUAUGUCGAUGCGAACGCGUCGCCGGCUAGCGGAAUCCCGAUGGCGUAUCGCGAUUUGGAUAGGUGCUUCUUGAAGCAGAUGAAGCGAUUCCCGUCGCGUCGGCACACGAUGAUGUCGGAUGUGAAGACGAGCGCCUCAAAUUUUGACAUAAGCACGACGGACGGUGUCGAGGGUCCGUCGGCGAAACAUAGUCACACGAAAAUUGCUGCUAAAAAUCGCGAAAUUUCAGUUGCCCAACAAAAACGCCCGUCUCGUUGUGUGGUGAUUGUUGGCGAUGACGAGCCGACGACGACGUCGACACCGCCGCCAGCCGACACCAUAGUCCGCCAAUCGAAUCGUCAACGAAGGCUGAGCCGCGUGUGCUCGGCGGCUCAUCGAAAUUCGAACGAAUGCGCGAUCCUCUAA